CGAGCUAUUUGGGAUAAAAUAAAAUACUCGAGCCUGUUUGAAAAAUGUAUUAUUAAAUAUUUUGAUAUUUACAUUAUGUUAUCUGUUAUAGAAAUUUAAAAGCAUAAAAAUAACUAGCAUGUCAGGACUAUCAGGAUCGCGUGAGCAUCUUGAUCGAAAACUGUAACUAACAUAGAAUUAGGCGUUUAUGGACACGAAAUCUUUAUAGCUAUCAGCAUAAUAUAGUUAAUAAUGGUAAGUGUAACCAACAUUUUAAACGAUCAUGUUUAUUACUACUUCUACAUUAAGUUUCAACGAAAAUGUAAAUAUUUUUUAAUCGCUGUUCGAGUAGUUUAGUAGUACUUUGGGUUAAAAGUGAUUUGUUUCCUUCGAAAACGCAAUUUAUACAUUAAUUUACCUAUGUAAAAUUGACCUAUAAAUUUUAUUAACUUUCUUAAAGAUUAUUAUUCACUUAAUUUUACUGACACCAACGAAAACAAUUAUAUUGUCUGAGAGACUACAUAUUACGAGACUAGAAAAUUAUGGCUGUUUAAGUUGAUUUACGAUAAGUAGUAACUAUAAUUACAAGUUAAGGUUACAGGGACAAAUAGAUAACUCUACAUUAAAAUAAUAUAUAAUUUUGCCAUCAAGAGCGAGUAUCGGGGGCGUUGCAAGGACGGUGUAUCACUCGAUCGCAGCAAUCAACUGAUUAAACUACAAAUAUUGGCUGUGGAAAAUUAGCUUGCAACUAGUCGACGUUUGCCCUGGUUGUACAGAAAAUUAUAGACACAACUAAGGUUUUCAAGCAAUAAGGCUGUAGCUAUGGUAUCUAAAAGCCGCGGGAAACGGAAUAAAACUUCCAGUUCUAUAAAGCAUAACGAAUGGAUAUCUCACAGUAAUCCAUUUAACACUCCUUGGUACAGCUGGAAUUUCAAUAAAUCUACUUUAAGUAGUAUUGAGAACCAGAAUUAUAAGAAAAAUAAAACACAAGAAACUAUCGAAGGAUUUCCACAAGAUUUGAGAGAUUAUUUGCUAACGUCUACUUUGCAUGGUCUUCGGUACAUCGGCGACAAGAAGUUAACUUGGCUUGAAAGAUUUUUUUGGCUAGCAGCAUUUCUAUGUUCUAUAGUCUGCGCAGGAUUCUUUAUCCUGAACGUUUACGCCAAGUGGCGGAAGUCACCAAUGAUAGUGAGCAUCAACCCGGAAGAUAUGCCACUUAACAAGCUUCCGUUUCCGGCACUUACGAUCUGCAAUGUUAAUCAGGCGAAAAAAUCUGUUGCGGAACGGUAUAUGGCUUCUGGAAAUUCCCUCGAAAAGAAACUACUUGAAAGUUUAUGUUCUACACAAACCGAUGCAGAUCUGUUUGAAGACACAAUUGCUGAGAGCGCGGAUUGGGAUCACACGCGAUCAUUUCUUAUUAACGUAACACAACCAUGUGAGGAAAUGCUAGCAAUAUGCAUCUGGAGCUCUGAAAUAAUGAAAUGCCAAGAUCUCUUCAAUGCUCAGCUCACUGAUGAAGGCCUUUGCUGUACAUUUAAUGUCGUACAUAGGGAAAUGAUGUUUAGAAAUCCGAGAGAUUUGAACGAUAUGAAUAUAACAUUUCCAUCACCAGCUGUAGAUUGGACACCGGAAAAUGGAUACCCUGACGAUGCUCCACGUGACGGAUUUCCAUGGAAACCUCAAGGAAUCGGUACGGACCAUGGAUUGACAUUAAUACUAGAUGCAAACAUUGCUGAAUAUUACUGUGCUUCUACCAAAAGCGUUGGAUUUAAAAUUCUGUUGCAUAAUCCUACUGAAACUCCUAAGAUUGCUAAAUUAGGAGAAAUUUAUGGACCAGGAAUUGAAGCUAGAGUCGCUGUAAAGCCACGGAUUUCGGACGCACAACCUGCCUUGAAAGACAUUGACGUUAGUAAGAGAUUUUGCCUGUUUUCAAGUGAGCGGAAUUUGGUUUUCUACAGAACAUACACCUUCAAAAAUUGUCAAAUGGAAUGCGAAGCACGACGAAUGUUGGAAAUAUGCAAAUGUGUCCUUUAUUACAUGCCAAAAAACAAAACCACGAGGAUAUGUGGCAAAGCCGAUGCAAAGUGUUAUAGCGACAUAUGGAAAAAUGUUCCUAAAAACAACGACCAAUCAUGCGAAGAUUGUCUUCCCUCUUGUACAGAAAUAUCAUACUUAGAACGACUAAGCACAGCACCACUGAAUAAGAACCUCAUCAUUAAUUACGCGCAAAGCCUACAAAUGUCGCGUAACAUGACAUCGGAAUAUUUCACAGCAAAUAUGUUAGUCAUACAUUUCUACUUUGAGGACAAGACAUUUCUUAGGUUCACUAAAGGGGAAAUAUUUGGUUUGACAGAGUUUCUUUCUAAUACGGGCGGCUUAUUGGGUCUAUGCAUGGGAUUCAGUAUGAUGAGUGUUGUAGAACUAUUGUACUUUUUAACAUUACGAGUCAUGUGUGUCGCACGACGAAGGCAACGAGUUCGACCAUUUGUGAAAUAA